UUACGGCUCAACAUGUUCAUUUCAUGCAUUCCGUUCGCACUCGUAGUAGUAUUCAUUCAAUUGGCCCAUUCAACGAAUUCUGACUGCUAUCCGGGUGAGAAGUACGUUUACCUGUAUGAGUGCCCCCAUGUAUAUACCGCUGGCAGGUCCAGGACUUUGAUGAGGGAGUAUGACAUGGAUGCCUGGUUGUUGUUCGGCCAGAGGAUCUGCUGCCCUCCGCCUGGCAAUAGGCUCCCAAGCACAGAGAUUUGCGGCCAAAGUCUAUCUACAUACCGAAUGGUGGGUGGUUCGGAGGCGCGUCCAAACGGAUACCCCUGGAUGGCCAUGCUCCUGUACCUGAAUACAACCACCUUGGAGAUCUUACCCUUUUGCGCGGGCUCCUUGAUCAACAACCGCUAUGUCCUGACCUCAGCCCACUGUGUAAAUGGAAUUCCACGUGACUUGUCGCUGAAAAGCGUUCGUCUUGGCGAGCAUGACAUCACCUAUGAUCCAGCCUACAAUCCGGACUGCAGGGACCAGGAUAACCAAUGUGCCCUUCCAAAUCUGGAGAUCAAAUUGGAGAAGAUCAUAGUGCAUGGGCUAUUCAGUAGCAUUAGCAAUAGGAACAUCGAAUACGAUAUCGCCCUCUUACGACUCAAAAUGCCAGUGCGCUAUAGGACAGGAAUCAUGCCAAUAUGUAUUCCAAAGCACGGCUUUUUCGCGAAAUCCAAACUUGAAAUAGCCGGAUGGGGCAAAACAAAUGAGGGCCAAUUUAGCCAAGUACUGAUGCACGGAUUCAUCCGGGAAAGGUCAAUCGCAGUGUGCGCAUUAAGGUUUCCGUAUCUGGACCUCAACCAAAGCCUCCAAAUCUGUGCCGGCGGCUACGAUGGCGUCGAUACCUGCCAAGGGGAUUCCGGUGGACCGCUGAUGGUAACGAUGGACAAUAGUAGUGUUUACUUGGCUGGCAUCACCACCUAUGGCAGUAAAAAUUGCGGCCAGAUUGGCAUUCCUGGAAUUUACACCAGAACCAGUGCAUUCCUGCCAUGGAUAAAGGCGGUAUUGAGGCCCUGAAUGUCGGCAGCAAUGCUAAGACAGCUUAAAGUGGAUUAGUUUUAUUUUUGUCAAAAGAACUCGUAAAAUAUACACAAAUACACGCAGGU